AUGAAAUUUAAAUGGGAGCCAUUGAUAACAGCGUCCUUAUUGCACAACAACCACUGCCUCUUCACCCAAAUGGAUGUUCUCUGCCAUUUCCGCGACGAUACUUUUGCCUGGAAAGAGGCUGCUAGAUGGCUAAAAUACGAAGAAAAGGUAGAGAUCGGUGGCCGGUGGUCGAAACCUCACGUGACUACGACAUCACUGCACGCCAUCUUGCAGCUGAGAGAAGCCAUAACAAGUGGUCGCUGUAUGCUGGAUAUGCAGUUAAACGUUCCUUGUCCUAAUCUAACUGGACUCAACCUCUUCAAGACAGACUCAAUCCGGAAAUUAAGGCAUAUUUUAACGCAACCGCAUAAGCACAAAAAUCGCAAGGGCGAAAGAAAGAGAAAAAUAAAUAAUAAUAAUAAUAAUAAUAAUAAUAAUAACAAAAAUAAUAAUAAUAUUAAUAAGGAAAACAAUGACGCCAAUGACAUUAACAAUGCAAACAAAACUACAAAUAAAAAACUUAGUCUACCGAAUAGAAAAUUGAUGAAAAAAAUCCCGAACAAAACUGAGACAGCCAGUAUUUUGAUUGGCCAAGUGGACUUUUUGAAUGAGCCAAUCAUAGCGCUCUUUAGAUUGAAAUCAACCAAUGUUGUUGAAGAACUUUGCGAGGUCGCCCUGCCAACGAGAUUUGUGGCGCUUGCUAUUGGCCCGUUCAAAAAAAUGACCAUCGGGGAAUGCAACGAGAUUGGCCGAGCCAUGGCUGCUCUAUUUAACGAUAAGGUAUUUUGUGAAGUGGCAUACAAUGCCUACACAGCUCACGAUAUCUUAACCGGGAUCGACGAAUACUUGGACGAUUUGACGGUUCUACCACCGAGUAUCUGGGAUCCGUGCGCAAGACUUGAACCACCCGUCAAUACAAAAACUAAGGUUUUGAUGAUGAUGGAGGAAGUACUCAACGAUGACGUCAUCGAUGAAUCGUUAAUAAGGACUGGACGAAUAAAAAAUCCUGAAUAUAGAUUAUUCGGCGGAUUAGUGGCCGACGUGAAACGCAGAUUCCGCUACUUCCUUAGCGACAUAAGGGACGGCUUGCACGUGCAAUGCAUUGCCUCCAUUAUAUUCCUCUACUUCGCGUGCAUCACACCCAUCGUCACAUUCGGAGGGCUGAUGGGCAGGAAAACUGAUAAUUAUAUGGGGACAAUGGAGACAUUAACGUCGGCAGCGGUAUGCGGCUGUUUUUAUGCCCUGUUUUCGGGGCAACCAUUGACGAUAAUAGGUGCUACAGGACCCUUACUCGUGUUUGAGUCUAUACUUUAUCAUCUUUGCAAAGAAAACAGAAUUGAUUUCUUAUCAUUUCGUUGUUGGAUAGGUCUAUGGUCAUUCGUCUACCUCCUUAUUAUCGUAGCAUUCGACUUGAGCAGUUACGUGAGGUAUAUCACUAGAUUUACUGAAGAAUCGUUCGCCGUAUUAAUUUCCCUAAUUUUCAUCGUGGAGGCGUUUAGCAAAAUCUUUGAAAUAUGGCACACGCAUCCGGUUUUACUACGCAGAGAAGCUAUUUAUACGAAUACGGGCACAUCCCUACAAUUAGACCCGUCUGAGAAUGACGUCAACCUAUCCCGUGAUGACGUAGAUAUGUCACGUGAUUUGUUAUAUGGCAACGAUGAAGGCUGUCUUACGAAAGAUGACUGUCAAUCAGCCAAUUGGACAACGUUGGGGGCAGUUUGUGAUAAUGAUAAUUAUGUCAGCGCUGUUCCGGACGUAUUCCUGCUAUCAUUUUUGCUCUUUUUUGGCACCUUUUCCAUUGCGUUCACUCUUAGGACUUUCAGAAAUAGUCCUUUUUUCCCUUCACUUAUUAGGAAUUUAUUAGGAGACUUUGCCGUAUUUCUUUCUAUCGUCGCCAUGACAGUUGUCGAUUACUUUUUUGGCUUGGACACUCCAAAACUGGAGGUGCCAAAUGAGUUCAAACCCACGUUACCAGAUAGGGGAUGGUUAGUAAAUCCGUUAAAGAUCAAUCAUUGGUGGCUCAUAUUGGUGGCUACCUUUCCGGGGCUCCUAGCGACAAUUUUAAUAUCACUUGAUCAACAAAUUACUGCCGUCAUCAUUAACAGAAAGGAGCACAAACUUAAGAAAGGUCAUGGCUACCAUUUAGAUCUUUUUGUUCUGGCCAUAUUAAUAGCAAUCUGUUCAUUCCUGGGCCUACCUUGGUUUGUGGCUGCCACUGUCCGUGCCAUCACACACGUUAAAAGUUUAAUUAGGGAAUCUGAGGUUAAGAUUCCUGGAGAGAGGCCCCAGAUGUUAGGAGUUAGAGAGCAAAGGGUUACAGGGUUCCUCAUACAUUUAUUCAUCGGAUUCUCAACACUGCUUACCUCCGUUCUUAGACUUGUACCAAUGCCAGUAUUGUAUGGAGUGUUUUUAUACAUGGGUAUUACCUCAUUGGGAGACGUUCAAUUUGUGGAAAGGGUUUUGUUAUUGUUUAUGCCUAUAAAACAUCAGCCUGACUGCAUAUACCUGAGGCAUGUUAAGACCAGAAAUGUUCAUUCAUUCACUUUGAUACAGAUUGGUUGUUCAGUUCUGAUGUGGUCUAUAAAGAGCAUCCAAGCAACUAGCAUUGGCUUUCCUCUAGUUCUGAUAGCAUUGAUUGUUACAAGAAAAGUGAUGGAUCUGUUAUUCAGUCAGAGAGAUUUAUACUGGUUAGACAACCUUCUGCCUGACAAUAAAAGGAGGAAAAGUGAAGACUUAAAAAAACAUCUAGAUGCAAUUGAUCUCCAGGUUAUAUUAAUAAUCAAUCAAACAAAUAAUUUCGAGUAA